AUGUCAACAGAUAUCAAGGACUCCCCGUCCGGGGGUCAACUGCAGACACCGACAGAUCCCUCUACAGGUGCACCCGAACUCGCAGCCGCCGUGGAUGAACUCCUAGACCAACUCCAGCACAAGUUCGAUGGUGUUUCUACCGAGAUAUUUGGUAAACUCGAUGAUAUGACUCGGAGAUUAGAUGAGCUCGAGGCUUCGUUGAGUGAAGUACAGGAGAAUGCUGGAACGUCAAAGGCGUGA